AUGUUAGACCGACCACAAAAUAUUGGAAUUAAGGCCAUUGAAAUCUAUUUUCCUAGUCAAUGUGUUGAACAGUCAGAACUAGAAAUAUUUGAUGGUGUUAGCCAAGGAAAAUAUACUAUCGGUCUCGGUCAGACCAAAAUGAGCUUUUGUGACGACCGAGAAGAUAUUUAUUCCUUUGCGCUGACCGCAUGCUCCAACCUCUUGAGUAAGUACAACAUAAACACACAUUCGAUUGGUCGUUUGGAGGUUGGUACAGAGACGCUCCUGGAUAAGUCAAAAUCAGUCAAGUCGGUACUUAUGCAACUAUUUGGCGACAACACUAACAUAGAAGGUGUCGACACCAUCAAUGCUUGCUAUGGUGGAACCAAUGCCGUGUUUAACACUCUAAACUGGAUCGAGUCUUCCGCGUGGGAUGGACGUGAUGCCAUCGUUGUCACAGGAGAUAUCGCUCUAUAUGCCAAAGGAAAUGCGCGUCCGACCGGUGGGGCAGGUGCCGUUGCUUUGCUGAUUGGGCCCAACGCGCCAUUAGUUGUCGAACCUGGCCUUCGAGGCUCAUACAUGCAACAUGCGUACGAUUUCUACAAACCAGAUCUUACUAGCGAGUACCCCAUCGUCGAUGGUCAUUUUUCUGUUAGAUGCUACACUGAGGCAGUUGAUGCAUGUUACAAAGCGUACAAUAAACGUGAGGUUACCCUCAAAGCUCUUCUCACAGGCCAUACAAAUUGUCACGCUGCCACCGAGACCCAUCCCGCCAGUAGUUCAACGCCGCUGGACCGAUUUGACUAUAUGGUCUUUCAUGCACCUACUUGCAAACUCGUCGCAAAAUCCUAUGCGCGUCUUCUAUACAACGACUUUCUAGUUAAUCCUACCGCAGAAGCUUUCGCAGGAGUCAAUGCAGAACUUAAGGAUAUGGAGUAUAUCAACUCCUUGACCGACAAACUAGUUGAGAAAACUUUCAUGGGAUUAACUCAAAAACGUUUUAACGAGCGUGUCUUACCCAGUAUCGAAGUCCCAACAAUGUGUGGAAAUAUGUACACUGCAAGUGUUUACAGUGGCUUAGCCAGUCUUCUGAGUAACAUAGACAGCUGUGAUCUCCAAGGAAAGCGUAUUGGUGUUUUCAGCUAUGGAAGUGGCUUAGCAUCAAGUAUGUUCUCAUUGAAGGUUGUAGGCUCUACAGAAACGCUACAAAAAACCCUAUGCCUCAAGGAAAGACUUGCCGCACGACAGACCGUUGCGCCUGUGGUUUAUGAAGAGAUGUGUGAACUUCGCAGAAAAGCACACCUUCAAAAGAACUAUACACCAUCUGGAAAUGUUAAUACUAUUGCAAAGGGUGUAUUCUUUCUCUCACACGUAGAUGAGAUGUUCAGACGUAAAUAUGAAAUCAAAGCAUAG